GGUAAGAACCGUUGGAACGAGUACUAGUCUGGCUUGAUAACGUGCUGCUUAUCCAGGUUCAUAGUUACAGACAUGGUGUAAGAUUGAAGACAGUGUAAUCAUCGAAAAGCAAUCUGUCACAUUCUUCUAACGCGUAUUAAGGGAGGCUGAUAUUUAUCCCUCAGGUUCCCAGGGAUACCUCAGCCUGGCCUCAUGAAGGCAGAGCACGACGGAGACCUCCUCGAAGAGGACUCUCCUCAGGAGAAUGGAGUCCAGUCAAACCAGUACAGCACAAUCACUUCUCCUGCUUCACCUGUGGUUGAAGACAAUCCCUUCUCCACAUACUUUGAAGACAAGGUCCACAUUCCUGAGAGUCCCAACACGGUAUUUAGUUUCCGCAAACUAUGGGCCUUCACUGGACCUGGGUUUUUGAUGAGCAUUGCUUACUUGGAUCCAGGAAACAUUGAGUCUGACCUGCAGUCUGGAGCUAGAGCUGGCUUUAAGCUCUUAUGGGUGCUCCUUGCGUCCACCAUCAUUGGUCUGCUGUUACAGAGGUUGGCUGCUCGUCUCGGUGUUGUCACAGGAAUGCACUUGGCUGAAGUCUGCAACCGCCAGUAUCCCACUGUUCCUCGGAUCAUCCUGUGGCUGAUGGUGGAACUCGCUAUUAUCGGCUCAGACAUGCAGGAGGUCAUUGGUUGCGCGAUAGCUCUCAACCUUCUCUCUGUGGGCAGGAUCCCAUUGUGGGCAGGAGUUCUCAUCACCAUUACAGACACAUUUGUGUUUCUGUUUCUAGACAAAUAUGGUCUAAGGAAACUUGAAGCAUUCUUUGGCUUUCUCAUCACUGUAAUGGCGGUCAGCUUUGGUUAUGAAUAUGUUCUGGUAAAGCCCGACCAAGGAGAGCUGCUGAAGGGGAUGUUCCUACCUUACUGUGCUGGCUGUGGACCUGCACAGCUGGAGCAGGCUGUGGGGAUUGUCGGUGCCGUCAUUAUGCCUCACAACAUCUAUCUGCACUCAGCACUGGUCAAGUCUCGGGAAGUCGAUCGCAAAGAUAAGAAGGAAGUAAAAGAGGCCAACAAGUACUUUUUCAUCGAAUCCUCAAUCGCUCUCUUCGUCUCCUUCCUCAUCAACGUUUUUGUUGUAGCGGUCUUUGCCCAGGCCUUCUAUGGCAAAACCAAUAUAGACGUGAGUAACAUGUGCAAUGCAACCGGCAGCCCUCACACAGAUCUCUUCCCAACAAACAAUGAGACACUUGAGGUGGACAUCUACAAAGGGGGGGUGGUUCUGGGCUGUUUCUUUGGCCCUGCUGCCCUUUACAUCUGGGCCAUAGGGAUCCUGGCAGCCGGACAGAGCUCCACCAUGACAGGCACUUAUUCUGGGCAGUUUGUCAUGGAGGGUUUCUUGAAUUUGCGGUGGUCCCGUUUUGCACGGGUGCUGCUGACUCGCUCCAUCGCUAUCACACCGACGCUGUUGGUAGCAAUUUUCCAGGACGUGCAGCAUCUGACAGGGAUGAACGACUUCCUCAAUGUGCUUCAGAGUAUGCAGCUUCCAUUUGCUUUGAUUCCAAUUCUGACCUUCACUAGUCUGACAUCGAUAAUGAAUGACUUUGCAAAUGGAUUAUUUUGGAAGAUUUCUGGCGGCAUCGUUAUCCUGAUGGUGUGUGCAAUCAACAUGUACUUCGUGGUUGUUUACGUGACGUCACUGAACAGUGUCCUGCUCUACGUUUUCGCUGCUUUCCUCUCCGUGGCUUACCUGUGCUUUGUAUGCUACCUGGCUUGGCACUGUCUGAUUGCCUUGGGGGUCUCGUGUCUGGACUGUUGCGGCAGGAUGCAGCUGGCCCUGUCACAUCACACUGAUAUUUACUUGCUGAAUGACAUGGAUGCUGACUCUGCCGUUGAGUGAUAGGACCACCUAGAUGCUGAAGUGUGACGAAGGACGAGGUCUGAAGCCUGGCCAGUAUUUGUUUAGUCUUCGCCUAAUGCCUGACACAUUUAAAAGUGUCCUUGUUGUGCAUCUACUGCUCAACCAAAUGCAUCAACCCUUCAUGUAGAUGUAGAAUUUUUCCAUUCAUACAGAGUAUGACCACGGUGUACAAUUUGAACAUGGCCUAUUAAUAUUUAACAAUUCCAUGGUAGAUCCCUUUAGUGAAACCAGGCAGCUGCUCCUUCUUGUAAUUUACAUCCAGAUAACAACCUAAAUUAUUUAUAACAUUAACCUUUGCAUUAUAAGAUGAAUUGUUAGAAUUAAUAUAAUAAAUACAAAUCAAACACUUAUACGUGUACAAAUAAUGUGCAAUGUACAAAAUACUUUUCUGUCAUUAGUCCCAUUUAAGAUGUUUUAUACGAAAACAAGAAUGUGACAGUUUUAUGUCACUUGUUACAGUUAAGUAAAUCAUUUUAUGGUUCCGCAAUUCAAGUUGUGUUUUUAAAUUCAAUCGUGAAAAUGCUGGAUAAAAUAUUGAACUAUGCAUAUAGUCUUUAACAUUUUUACUCCAGUUGUCUCUGGUGCUAAAAAACAAAACAGGAACAUUUUCUCAGCAUAUUUCCAUUUAAUAAACCUACUUUGUCCGGUGUCAGUCAAUGCUGCUGGCAGGUGUGUUAGGUUUUGUCCAUUAAAGAUUUGGAUUUCUUUUCUAUUUAAUUUUUUCUUAUAGUCUUUUUUCUUUAUUUAUGUAGAAUUAUACUUUUUUUUAAAAUAGUUCUGAGUUUGUAUGGAGUUGUAGUAAUAGUAUAGUUUACAGUGUUUUCAUUUCGUUAACUUACUGCAGUAACUAAAAACUGAAGUGUGCCAAUGUGCACUCAGUUAAAGAACGGUAGGUUUUAUAAUUUUUAGAAUGAAUGGAUAAUAACGUGAGUGCUUGAUGAACAGCUGAGGUAACUGGUAAAAAUGAGUGUUAAGGUGCUAAAGAAGCAUCUGAGCAUUUUCUAUGAACACCAAUCAAUUUCCUAAUUGUACAAGACAUGUACAACAGGUGUGACUGUUUCAAAGGGAGGAUAUAGAUCUUACCCUGUGCCAAAAGUAUAAAACUGUGAUAUCUGAUAUGAUGAUGUUACAGUCACAGUUUUAGAAGAAAUAUAUGUAAAACUGUUUAGAAAAGACACUUGAUAAAAUAAAAAUUAAAGCAUCACAUAAUACUAUACAUUUAUGGCUUUUCUCUUGCUACUGGUUUGAGCUGUUCAGUAAACCAAACCAAACCAUUUCCUUGACCAAAUAUCAUGUACGUGUGUCUUCUAUUUCCUGAUGACCACGGUGCCUCCUGUGUCGACCACUGUGCCUCGUUUCUAUGCUGGGUCCAAAAGACCUGACACGUAGAACUUUAAUCACUGAAGGUGGGAAAACUAAUACAAUAAAAUAGUCCAACCUGAAUUAUAAAAGUAUUUGAAUACUUAAGUCAAAAUAAUAAUAAAACAGGCCAGAAACUCCUGAUUCCUGUUAAACACUAAUAUUCUUAAAAACACAAUAAUAUUAAAAGUUUUUCUACUAUUUAAGUAUAGUAAAGUAUAUUUUUAAAAUGACUUUUAAAGCCAAAUCGUUUAGUAAAGUAUUUACUGAAAAAAUACACUAAAAUUAAUUGGUGUAAAUAUCCUUUUCAUUAAAUUUACUUUUGCAAAAGAACCAGAAGAACGUAGACGUAGAUAAUGAAGGACCAUUGGGAUUGGGAUCACCACAAAUAAAAUUGAUUUGUGUUGAACUGUGAACCGAUGAGUGCGUAUGUGUAUGAGGUUGUUGACAUUCUGGUUGUGUGUUCCAGUGGAUUUAUAAGUGUUGUAAUUCUAUAUUUGAUAUGUCCAAAAUCAUGGAUGAUAUUAAACUCAUUGGGAACCCCUGACAACAUAGUCAUGACUACCUGUACAACAUGAUACACAUUAAGCCUAUUAAAAGGUCAGUUUGUG